GCCGGGCCGCCCCCUCCCGGCCCGGGCCGGCCCCGCUGGCUCCGCUCAAAGUUUGCGGCCGCCCUUGCGCCCGCGCGCCCGCCCGAUGUAUGGGUGAUAUACUGCAGCGGGUGUCAGGGUGAGGGACGGCCAUAUUUGCCGGUGCGGCCCGAGCCGUCAACAACAAAAAGUGCGCGGGAGCUCGGCGGGCGCACGGACGGGCGCACGGACGCUGGGGCCGCCUCGCCGCCGCCCGGCCUCGCCGCCUUCGCUGCCGCCCUCGCGGGCCGGGCCCCGCUGUGCCCCGGCGCGCCCCGCCGCUCGGGGGGAUGUCUUACAAACCGAACUUGACCGCGCACAUGCCCGCCGCCUCCCUCAACGCCGCUGGGAGUGUCCACCCGCCCUCCACCAGUAUGGCGACAUCUUCACAGUACCGCCAGCUGCUGAGUGACUACGGGCCGCCAUCUCUAGGCUACACCCAGGGAACUGGGAACAGCCAGGUGCCCCAGAGCAAAUACGCGGAGCUGCUGGCCAUCAUCGAAGAGCUGGGGAAAGAGAUCAGACCCACCUACGCGGGCAGCAAGAGCGCGAUGGAGAGACUAAAACGAGGCAUUAUCCACGCUCGAGGAUUGGUGCGGGAGUGCUUGGCUGAAACGGAACGGAAUGCCAGGUCCUAGCUGCCUUGUGAGCCUGGACGGUUUUCCAUCUUCUUCGGAGAGAAUAAGUUACAGUUCAUCUCCCCUGCUCAGAUGAAACUUUUGUUUUCAAAAUGGUAACAGUUUGGUUUCUCCUCCCCCUGCCCCUCCCAUGGUUCACUAGGCUCCGAAUCUACAGUCUGUAAGAUUGAGGAAAGAUUUUGCAGUUGAUUGGGAGUUACAUUUUAAAUAGUGAGGAACUACCCAGGUGUUUGUUGUUGUUGUUGUUUUUUAAAGCAUUGAUUCAAAAGAUGCACGUAAAAAUUACCUAUCUUACAGCAAACUAGUUUGCCUCCAAGAUACCAGUGUCUCGCUCUCCUCUUUUGAAUACAUUUAUGUUACCCGGACUGUUCUUUGUUCCUUUUCAUAAGCUGAUACAACUUGAAGGUUUUUUUUUGUAGUGCUGACUUGACAGCACACUUAACUAGUAGCUGGUCCCCUCGUUUCCCAUACACUUAUAGAUUCUGCUUAACGUAAAUUCUUUUUUGCUUAAUCAUUUGCAUGACUAUUAGUGCUUUGAAGUCGAUUUUAAAAAUGCACAAGUUAUACAUACAGAAGAAAGAGCAACCUCCCAAACCAAACCUAACAAGGAUCCCCGAAAUUUUUCCUGAGACUGUGUGUAGAUUUCAGUUCUGCUUUCCUGUAAGUUGACCCAAACAUCUGGAAGAAAAUGGAACUGUUCGCAUCUUUGUAUUUAUUACUCAAUGUAAUAAAGCUUAUUUUCACUAACA